UUCUGGCAACAUGUCCAGGCUGUCCCACAGGAUUGUCAAGGAAAUCCAGGGUUUAUUGACAGAAUCGAUCCCUGGGAUAAAAGCAGAACCAGAUGAAAUCAACUCCCGCUAUUUUCACGUGGUCAUUGCAGGCCCACAGGAUUCCCCCUUUGAAGGAGGGACUUUUAAACUUGAACUUUUCCUUCCAGAAGAAUACCCAAUGACAGCUCCUAAAGCCUUGUUAAGUGCCCCCAAUCCAGACGAUCCAUUAGCAAAUGAUGUAGCCCAGCAGUGGAAGACCAAUGAAGCCCAAGCCAUAGAAACAGCCAGAGAAUGGACAAGGCUCUAUGCCAUGGAUAAUAAUUAAAUUCAGCCUGAACACCACAAAUAUCACUCUUAAUCUGCCAAGAUCCUUUUUUG